AAUCAGCGCAGCGUAUGUAAAUCUCAGCCCAGAGCCGCACAGUCCCUGCCCUGACUGACCGAGGGUGACGUCAUGCGCACAUAUUCCCCGGUAGUGCCGUGUCUGACUACAGCGAGCCAGACAGCAAACAGAAAAGAGCUGAGUGAGUGAGUGAUCGAGCUGCUGCAAGGGAGGGGUGCGCACUCGAACGGGAAUAUAUCGUCUCCAGUCUGCGGGAAUAACGCUCAUUCCGUCCGUUCGUCCGUGCGGGACGACACACUUCGGGAUUGCACUGAUUUAUUAUUAUUUUUUAAAUUUCAUUCUGGACAUUAGGGGGAAAAAGCACUGAUUUGUAUCGGUGGGGCUUUUAAAACAAACCCUUCCCUGUUCAAUCCCACCCUCCUUCCGCAAGUUUUCCCUUCUUUGUUUCAAGAUCUAUCCAAGAUGCCUAGUUCGCUGUUCGCCGACAUGGAGCGGAGUGGCAGCGGCGGGCAGGGGGACGCCCUGGACGACCAAAGAGCCCUACAGAUAGCGCUGGACCAGCUCUCCAGGCUCGGACUGGAUAAUGAUGAAAAUGACCUGUAUGACAACGAGCCCAGGAAAAAGAGUGUCAACAUGACCGAAUGCGUUCCUGUGCCCAGCUCCGAGCAUGUUGCCGAAAUUGUCGGCAGGCAAGGUUGCAAAAUUAAAGCACUGCGAGCAAAGACCAAUACGUAUAUCAAGACUCCAGUGCGGGGAGAGGAGCCCGUCUUUGUUGUGACAGGCAGGCGAGAGGAUGUAGCCAUGGCAAGGAGGGAGAUCAUUUCUGCAGCUGAGCACUUCUCCAUGAUCAGAGCGUCACGGAACAAAAACAGCACCCUGAACGGGAGUUCGACGGUGCCUGGUCCACCCAAUCUCCCCGGUCAGACCACCAUUCAGGUGCGGGUGCCUUAUCGGGUGGUCGGUCUGGUAGUCGGACCAAAGGGGGCCACCAUCAAGCGUAUCCAGCAGCAGACACACACCUACAUAGUCACGCCCAGUAGGGACAAAGAGCCAGUGUUUGAGGUGACGGGCAUGCCCGAGAAUGUGGACCGGGCUAGAGAGGAGAUCGAAGCACACAUCGCCAUGCGCACGGGAGGCCUCAUUGAAUUUACAGACGAGAAUGACUUCCACGCCAACGGCACAGAUGUGGGUUUUGACCUGCAUGGAAACGGCAGUCUGUGGAGCAAGUCCAACUCCAGCGUCACGCCCACCUCUGGUCGCAAGCCUUUCUCCAACUACCGUAAUGACAGCUCCAGCUCUCUGGGGAGUGCAUCCACUGAUUCCUACUUCGGCAACAACAGCAGCUCCAGGCUGGCCGAUUAUAGUCCUCCGAGCCCCGCCCUCAGCUACACUGCCUCCAGCAAUGGCAACAACAACAAUAACAACAUCAACCUGAAUGGCAAUGGCAAUAGAUUUGUCUACAGCAGCGAGGUCAUCUCGCCUGAUUGCACUGAUCUAACCUUUGAGUCCUCGCCGGGAUUUGACCCCACCCCUGUGCCGCCUGGCCUCAUGUGGUCGCAGUACGAACGUGGGGUAAGCAACACUAAUGGCACCACAAACUCCUCUGCCAUUUUUCCUGCCAAUGUUUCCACUAAUGCCAAUGGGCUGAUGGCUAACCAGCGGAGGACCAAUGGGGUGGGAUACACCAGUCAGUCCCGGUUGUCUCCUCCCCUGCACCAAGCCAACAGCGCUGUAGAACACCCACUGGCACGUAGGGUGCGCAGCGACCCGGGCGGGGGCUCCCUGAGCUUCACAGGCUACUCCGCCAACAGACUGUCCAAUGGCAUUGCAGCGCUUUCAGGAUCCCAUCACCCCGGUGUGCCAUCUGACUCAUCCAUCUCCUCAUCUUCUUCCUCCUCCUCCUCUUCCUCCUCCUCUGGGACAAGCCGCAAGGGUAGCCGGGACUGCUCAAUUUGUUUCGAAAGCGAGGUGAUCGCAGCCCUUGUGCCCUGCGGACACAACUUGUUCUGCAUGGAGUGUGCCAACCGCAUCUGCGAAAGAAAUGAGCCCAAAUGCCCCAUCUGCCAUGCUGCAGUUACUCAGGCUAUACGUAUAUUUUCAUAAAGUGACAACACAACCCCCCCUCCCCCUGACUACAAUCGCAACAAACUGCGACAGAACACUCAAAGUUCACUGAUGGCUUUAUGAAAUCCUAAUAACGUGUGUUAUUAUACAUGUAUAUACAUAUGUAUGUAGAGCUGCAGUAUUUAAUGGGACACCCAUUCCAGGGCUCCGGUGUAAUUGUUUAUAAUGUACUGUAGCUUGGGACAAAUAUUUUCAACAUCUAAUGCAUGUUUUAAAUAUUAAAGCCUAGUAAUUAAUAGUUUUAGUAAAGUGUACACAAACGUUAUGAAGUUACAAUAAGGACAUCGCUCUCAUCUGAGGUACCUUGUCAGUUUGUUGACUGUUAGUAUAAACACAAGCCUUUUGAUUUCGCUGAUCGAAUGUACUGGUAGCAGAUCUUGAGAUUCUGAAAUCUGGACAGCUUCUUUACUGACUAGAACAAAAACUUACAGUGGGGAAGAUACUGCAGCUUACGAUCAAACUUAUUUGAGGGAGGGAACAGCAACAUACCCUACAUAUAUAUAUGUAUAGAUAAACGAAAGUUUUAAAAAUUAAUGACAUUAAUACAGAUUGAAGUAUUUUAUUCUUUUUUGACUUGAAAGAUUAUAUUUCAUAUUGCAAAGAUGUUUACAAAUAUUUUAAUUUAAGUUCAGUGAACUUUUUUUGUAGCUGGGUUCAAAUAUCUUUUUAUUUUUUAGUAUGGCCUUACGGCAGCGAACACUGUAUUAUUUUAAUAUUACUCUAAAUGUGGAUGGCAAUUCAGACCACAAAAUGUGUAUUUGCAUUGAACAGUAUUCUGUUGUGACGGAGGGUUUCUAAGUUCAGCAAAAAAUGUCUUAUGAAUCCGUUUCACCCAGCAUAUUUCUAUUCAGUAAUAUAAAGCAUAUUUUAUUCUAUAUUAUUACAAAAUGUAUAAAACUUAGUACGUUCAGACAAAAAGGAACCGUUUAAGCUUUCUAAAAAUUUGUAUGAAUUAGAUUCCAGUGGGAUUCAGAGUUCUGUUCUGUUGCACCACUAUAGGUUUAGGAUUUCUAUUUUAAUACGUUUGUUUACCACUUGUUUAUGUAUAUGUAGGUGAAGUUACUUGAGCGUAUAUGUACUUUAUUGAGGAAAAUUUAAGAACAAAGUAUAUUUUAUUUUAUGAUAAAAGGCCUUUAACCUCAUGGUCAAAUACUAAUAUUAUAUUUGCUGAAACAAGAUUUGAAAGUGUAUCAAGAGUUUUAUUUUUCUGACAUUUAAAGUUCUACAUGAUAAAACUUAAGUAAUGGUGCUACUUCAUGUUUUUUUAAGUAUUUUAAGUCCAAUAAAAUGGUA